AUGACAUCGACAAAUCAAUUUGAUAUUGAAAAAAUAAAACCACACAUUCUAGAAAAUAUUAAAAAAAUAGACGCAAAAAUUUCUCAACAAGAAAAUGCGGUUAUAAUCGUUGGUGAAACGAGAGAAGGAAAGACUACUUUAUUCAACUACUUAAUUGGGAAUUCCUUGUUUAGUAAAGAAAAUAUCGAUUGCGGUGGAUUUGAAAUUUAUAGCGGCAUUAAAACUUAUAUCGGUGAUCCCUUAAAUAAGAUAAAUAUUUAUAAUCAUUCUAUUUCACAAACUUCUAUACCAUUAAAUCAAGGAGAAUUUUGGGAUUGUCCUGGUUUUGGAGAUUCACGCGGUGAUGUACAAAAUAUUAUAAAUGCUUAUUCAAUUUAUAUGUUAACUAAAAAUAUCAAAAAAUUGAAAGUCUUAAUUGUAGUUUCUGAAGCUACAAUUAUUGAGAAAAGCAAAAAGAAGCUUUUAAACAUUAUUCAUUACCUAGGUGAAAUUUUUAAAAAUAACAUUGAUUUGGUUAAGGGAUUAUGCUUGGUGGUAACGCAAAACAAUAACCUUGAUUUGAGAAAAGUGAAAAACAUAUUAUAUAAAAUCCUUAUAGAACGAGAUAGACAAGAAAAUUUUAGUUUAUCCCAAAGAAAAAUACUCAAUGUUUUAUCCUCUAAUAGAAGUCAAAUUGCCUUUUUUAACACACCUCGUGAAGAUGGAUUAAUUUCUGAUAAAGAUAAAUUGGAAAUCUUCAAUUGUAUAGAAAAAAUUUCUUAUGUUGAAAACCUUAAACCUAGUUUUUCCUUAGAGCCGGUCACGAUGCAUUUUAUCAAAAAUCUAAUAGGAGAGUUCCAUAAAGAUAUAGAAAUUUUUAUGUCGAAUAAAUUUUAUCCUGCACUUCUGAACUACAUUGAAAGUCUUAUAGAUAGUCAUGACGAUACGGUUGAAAAAUUAAGAGAAUCUUUAAAUGAAUUUAUUGACGAAUUGGAAAACAUUAUUUCAGAUGAUAAGGAAUUACAGCAAUUUGAAAAUAAUAUUCAUCAAAUUCUCUCAAUUAUUAACCGUUUAAAGAGGAAUGAUCUUAAGGAUGAAUUUUCAAAAAAAAUUUUUCAAUUAGACUUUAUUAAAGUUGUAAAGGCAGAAUCAAUUACCAUCGAAGGGAAUACAAAUGGGUGGUAUCAUUUUAUAUCUGAACUUAUUGAUGUUAUAGGGUUAUUAAAGUCUAAACCUGAACUUAAAACAAAUGACGAAGGGCAAGUGUUAACUUUCGAGGGCACAAUUAUUGGAACCGAGGAUAUUAAAAAUAUUUCUAACACAAUCAAAGAGAUAAAUGUGUACAGUUUGAAUAGUAUAUUUAUUGAUAAAGAUAUAGUUGCACCAGGAGUAUUUCUGACAUUCAUAUCCCCUCAAUUGCGUGUUAUUGGUAAAAGAACAUUUAAUCUGAAAGGUGAAACAGGUCCUUCACAUAAUUCAAAAAAAGCUGACGAUGGAAUAAAAGAAAAAAUCAACAACCAAGAUGCGUGUGAUGGAACAAACGAAAAAGAAGUAAGCAAGAAAAUCUAUAAAGAGAGUGAUGAUAAAGUAAUUAGCGUAUAUGAUGGGAUAAAUGAAAACAAAACAAAUGAUGAGAUUAAAGAUGCAAAUAAAAAAAUUAAUAAGAACAUUAAUAAAGUCGAAAAAAGCGACAGAAUUCAUAAAGAUGAGGAAAGUAAUGGUGUUAAAGAAAUAAUCAGCAAACAAGACUUGUAUGAUGAAAUGAGUAAAAAAGGAAUAAAUUACGAAAUUAUCAAUAAACUAGAAGCAAGCAUUGAGAUUACUAAAGAAAAAACGAGCGACAAAAUUAAUAUAGAAGAAAUAAAUGACUCAAUUAGAAUUAAAAGAAAGGCAAGUCCAGAAAUGCAUGGAAAAGAUGGUUUACCUGGGUUACCUGGUGGAAACGGAGGUCAUUUCUAUGCCAAAGGAAGAAAUUUUGUUAAUCCCUCUUCAUUAACUAUUGAUAUUAGUGGUGGUGAUGGUGGUAAAGGGCAAGACGGUGGUAAUGGUGCUGACGGACUGUGUGGUUUUGAUUCUGGAAAAAAAAUGAUAGAAGAUAGAGAAGAAUCAGCUUUAGUUUCACGGAAAAAAAUAUCAGGAGCUCUUAAAGAAAUAGUAGAAAAAGGUGUUAUAGAUACGGUAGAAAAAGGCUUUAAAUUUUUUUUAACUUUUAAUGAAAAAUAUAAAGAAAUAUAUGAAGCCUAUAACCCAGGACAAGAAGGUGGAGAUGCUGGGCGAGGAGGAAUGGGUGGUAAUACAGGAAGCCAUGGUACUAAACAUAUAGAAUUUGAUAGUUUACUAGAAAAACCUACUAUUUUUGAAGAAAAUCAUAGAAAAGGCAUAGAUGGAAAAAAUGGAUCACCUGGCCGUGGAGGAAAAAAUGGACCAAAGUACCGUGGAAUAUAUAUUAACGAAAUAUCAUAUUCUGGAUUUAAAGGUUCUAAAGAAUUUGAUUUUGAAUCUACUGACAGUACAAUAAGUACGGUAGAAAUUACAGAUUCAGCAGAAUUUGAUACUAAUUGCACUGAUGAAGGAGCAAUUAAAAGUUCCAAGGAGUCAGACAUUGAAUCCACCGAUAGUGCUGCAAGAACAGAUUCUAAAAAAUCAGAUAUUAAUUGCACUGAUGGGACAAUUACAAAUUCCAAGGAAUCAGACACUGAAUCCACUGAUAGUGCUGCAAGAACAGAUUCUAAAAAAUCAGAUACUAAUUGUACUGACGAAGGAGCAGUUACAAGUUCCAAGGAAUCAGACACUAAAUCCACUGAUAGUACUGCAAGAACAGAUUCUAAAAAAUCAGAUACUAAUUCUAACAUGGCAAAUGCUUAUAGAUUAUUAACAUCUUAUAUAGGAACAGCAGCAGCUUGUGGAUAUAAUAUUUUACCCAUCGUAGCUAAAGAAAUUGGUAAAAAUACAAUAAAAAUUGGUCCAGUAACUGGUGCUUCACUUGCUACAGGAAUAGGAAUUGGCCUUGCAAUUCCAUUAGUAAUAUCUCCAGUGAGUGCUCAUUUCUCAAGCCAUUGGGAAGAAAAACCAAAUAAAUUAGAUCAUGAAAGCUUUGCAUCCGAUGGCAGAUCACCUAGCCCACUAAAUGUAUCAAAGUAUGAAGAAAGUGAUCUUUCUUCUGAUCUUUCUUCUGAUUAUACAAAAAAAUUUUCAAAAAAACUUUCAGAUUAUAACAAAUUUUAUAAAAAUUUUCAAGAAAAUUAUAAAUCUAUUAAGCAAUAUUAUAAAUUUAUCAAGAAAAUUUAA